UAGUGACAAAGAACGGUCUGACUCAGUGCUCUGGACUAUCGCAGAAACUUGUGCACAACAAGUGCAUGCAUAGGGUGUCGGUUUGCUCGUUAUGUCAGAUUAUCUCACAGCGAAAGAGAGGUUUUGAUCAUCUGAGGAUUGUUUAGUUUUUGUGCGCACCGGAGCGCACCACCGGAGUCGUUUUCUACGGAGUGCUGAGAAGCGGGAUUUUGCUGAAAGAAGCCCUCUUCGCAACAGCAGCUAUAUUGCGGGAUCCGUAGGAUACGAGACCUUUUGGGUUCAGAGUAUCAAAAGAUUUCACGAACGUAACGUUGCCGCUGGUGGACUGUUUUUUGGUACGUGAAGACUUUUAUUGACUGGAUAAAUUACCCCGUUUCUUUUCUUAUAUCUGAAAGGAUCCUGUUUUGGAGCCGGGAAGGUGAGGAUUUUUGAUCGGAUUUCGAUUACUGCGUUCUGCUAGCUCAUGCCUGCUAGUUGACAUGCAAGGUGGCUAGCUAGAUAUUGAUAGAUUUGGUUUUCCGAAGUGUUCUGUCUGAAACCAGAGACUUAUUUUCCAAAACCACUCUGCAACAUUACCAGCAGGCUAAUUUUAAAUGGAAGUUAUCAGUGGGGCUUUGCCCAUGGUUUAAUUCGACGAGUUCUUAAAGUCUUUUGCACUGAUUGAACGUUAACCUGUUGUUCAUGAACAGGCGGUGGGGCUGUGUGUCCGUCAAGAUAAGUUAACAGUUAAAUUCAAAUUGGAGCGCCUCUCGCAGAUGAAAUCUGAUCUAUUCGGCGGGGAAGCGCAGUAAUACAUUUCACCUUAACUUACAUUGGACAUUUUAAUGGUGUAUGUGGCGCCAGUGCUUUGCAAAAGCAACGACUUUUAAAAUAAAACCCCCAUUUAUAACAUAAUUUGUAAAUUAUCCCAAAUCAGAUAAAAUCAGCACGUUGUGCCUUUGAAUUUCCUUGGCAUCCAACAGAUCUACAUAAACAAGAUCUCUUGGAAAACAUAAUACUUGACACCAGGCUAUAUGGACAUCAUGCAUGGAUGAUCUAUGCUCUUUGAGCAAUUAAUUCGAUCGGGGAUGUCCGGGUAGAUAAACCUCACGUUGAAGACAUCAAAACAAGCUGGGGUUUACUGCAAAAACCGGAGCCACAGCCUUAAGCGGAUAAGUUCAAAUCCCACUCUCAAAUGUAUUAAUACCUUCCCAAGAUCAAUUUCUGAUGGCUAAAAUGAGUGGUUAUCGCAUAACGCCGAGACCUGACUUGUCUAAUGUGACAGCGGAUGACGAGGAAGGGGCGAGGUGCGCGGGCGAUAUGGAACAGUGUGGCCGUCAGCAAGCUCCGACCGGGACCAUGUCUGUACUCGUCAAACCGGGGCGCUCGGCCACAGCUGGUCGUUGUCCGCCAGACACUGCAGGUCAAGCCGUGUGGGCGAGUUGUAACGAGGAGCGCGUGGACCCACGACCUGGCUUUAAAGAGAGUGCGCGGGAUGUCGAUGAGUUGGUCGGCAACGCAGCAGGUGUGCUAAACGUCUCUGAGCAGCCCUACCGAUUUCACGGGGAUCCGAACGGGACUAGUAGAAUGCCCGGAAGCGGCUGCCGUGGCGCACUUGAGGGGGCGAGCUCGCUCAAGGGUUGCCCUCGUCAGCGCUCGCGGAGCCCCGGCAUCAACGUGUCCUCUCAGAACCAGAUACAGAGAAAAGACAACUCGCUAUUCGCCAUGCCGGACCACGACGCUCACGGAUAUACUUACUACCAGGACGGCCGGGGAAACAUUACACGGGACGUUUUCAAUAACCGAGAAGCCCUGUUGUGCCGCGGGAGAUCCAACCUGGUGUCCAGGAUACAAUAUUGGAUAUGGGCGUUCAUCCUUUUGUGGAACACACACGUGUUGAAUGCGCAAGUCGUAUAAUGGGAAGUGUGGAAACGGG